CUACGGUCGCCGAUAGCGGCCAAACUCAGGUCGUUCAAUAAUGUCUUUAUCUAACAUAUUCAUAGUAGUUUUUUGCGUUCCAUAACAGAAAAUGUCUGCAACACGGUACCGUCGGUUUUUGAAACUCUGCGAAGAAUGGCCACGGGACGAAUCAAAGAAAGGCCGUGAUUUAGGAACGUUUCUAAGACAGAGAGUAGCCCUUGCCUUUCGUGAAGGUGAAAACACACAGCUCUCGGAUCCAGAGAAGUGUGAUCAAAUGUAUGACAGCUUGGCCCGGAUUAACACUAACAUAUACAGAGAACGAUUCCCCCGCACAAGAGACACCAGUUUUACAGGUGUCACAGUGGAAGAAUGUAGAAUGCUAUUAGCAACAGGUAGCAUGCAGCAGAUGGAUGAAGAGAAGAAGGGCUUGUGGAAAACUCUCACAGAGCGUUUCUCCACCAAACCAGAAGAUGUCACCCCUGAGAAGGUUCCUGAAAACAAGUAGCACUUGGGCUGUGUAUCUUUCCUCUCCCAUUCAGCCACUUUAGAAAUAAAACGUUAUUCUUA